UUCUUCUCUUUCUUCCCUCACUACCCUUUUCUUAGCUCUCUCCCUCGCUCUGGCUCUCUCUCUCUCUCUCUCUCUCUCUCUCUCUCUCUCUCCAUUUGUCUAGAAGGGAGAUUCCUCAAUACUCCAUUUCUUCUUCAUCAUCACUCUUCUCCUUUGUUGUUAUAUAUAUAUAUAUAUCGCGCAAAAAACAGAGAGAGACAUAUACAUAUAUAUUAGCUUAUAUCAGUCUUCAUACUGAAACAAAAAGAUUAUAAAGAACACACCUUUACAUACACACAAAAGGAAAAUGGUGGUUUCUUAUUUGAAUUCUUGUUUAUUUCUUCUAAAUUCCUCUCUUUUUGUUUUACUUGCUGUGUCUGUUUCUGGGUCUCAAACAACUACUUUACCUAUUAUACCAUUUGAUGAAGGGUACGCUCAUCUUUUCGGUGAUGAUAAUUUAGUCAUUCAUAAAGAUGGGAAAACUGUCUAUUUAUUACUAAAUGAAAGAACAGGGUCUGGAUUUGUUUCUCAGGACCUUUACUUACAUGGGUACUUCAGUGCUUCUAUUAAGUUGCCUGCUGAUUAUACUGCUGGAGUUGUUGUUGCUUUCUAUAUGUCGAAUGGUGAUAUAUUUGAGAAGAACCAUGAUGAAAUUGACUUUGAAUUCUUGGGUAAUAUAAGAGGCAAAGAUUGGAGGAUUCAGACUAAUAUUUAUGGUAAUGGUAGCACCAGCAUUGGCAGAGAAGAAAGAUACAGUCUCUGGUUUGAUCCCUCUGAUGAUUUCCAUCAGUACAGCAUCCUCUGGACUGAUUCACAAAUUAUAUUUUAUGUGGACAAUGUUCCUAUCAGAGAAGUGAAAAGAACAGUAUCUAUGGGAGGUGAUUUCCCUUCGAAGCCAAUGUCAUUGUAUGCAACGAUAUGGGAUGGGUCUGAUUGGGCUACAAAUGGAGGAAAAUACAGAGUAAAUUACAGAUACGCCCCUUAUGUAACGCAGUUCUCAGACUUUGUGCUGCAUGGAUGUGCUGUUGAUCCAAUUGAACAGAUCUCAAAAUGUGACGCUGCACAGAGCUCUCAAGCAAUCCCAACUGGUGUCACACCCUUGCAAAAAAUUAAAAUGGAGAACUUUAGGACUAAGUACAUGACAUAUUCCUAUUGCUACGAUCGAGUUCGAUACAAGAACCCUCCAUCUGAGUGCCUGGUUAAUCCCCAAGAGGCUGCACGUCUCAAAUCAUUUGAUCCUGUUACAUUUGGCGGAGCCAGACGCCACCGUGGAAAACGCCAACGCCGAAGCCGAUCUGGCCAUAAUGAUGCCAUUUCCAUAUGAGAACUUGCAAUGCUGCAUAAAGGGGGAUUAUCAUUGUUAUCUUUGUUAAAAGCAUAUGCCUGAUUUAGCUGGAGUCGGUUAUUUUUUGUGAAUAGAGAAGUAAAAGGAGCAUAGAAUUUUGUUAAGAGGGGGUAGUGGGGAGGAACCAAGUCAUUAAAUGGGUGGGAAGGUCGGUUGGUAUGUGUAUAGCCUUUUUCUUUUUUCUUGGAGUUGUUGCCUCAUUUUUAUUAUCAUUGAUGAUGUCGUCUUAUUUUCUUUCUUGGCUUUUACUAAUUGAAUUUGGUGAUGAUUUUCUGUACUUGUUAUUAAGCACCCUCGUGGGUUCAAUAAAUUUUUUUAAAAAAGAAAAGACACUUUCUAGACCA